AGUCCUUAGUCCUCCGCAAAUCAGCCUAAAUUCAUGAGUCGGAAAUAUAGGCGGAGCGUGCCUAUCCCCGAGUAAUCUGGAAUGCCUCAGAGCCCCCGAUUUCAUUAAAAUAAGAGCUAGUAUCUACCCUGCAAAGAGCAGAGGUUAAAGCAAAACGUGCAUUCGCUUUUGGUUUUUAUUCAGGAAACUGAUACAGCCGCCCAUCUCCCAAAAAGUGACUGAGUGCCUUACAAGCAUAGUCACAAUUAAAACUAUAUAACAAUUCAAGAAACAUCAAACAUAAAUAAAAACAAAAAUAAAAAAUAAAGACACGUCCAUAUUGUUUUUAAUCACUGCUUCUCAUUUUCAUUGUUUUAGAGCUGAACUGUCUCCUCAAUGAUGGACAUAUAAUCUAGAGAAGGAUCUGGUUUUUUUCCCCAUUUUUCCUUGGUGAAAAACGGUAAUUGCCACAAUGAACAAAAAAGCAGUGGAUGAGAAAUCCGACCUAGAACGCCAAAAAGAAAAGGAGAAAAAGGCAGGUAUUUAAAUGUACUAUACUAUUCAUCGGGUUUUUAAAAUGAUGAUGUCUCGGCUUUUAAGCGUUUAAAAAAGCUUAUCCUGCCAAUGAAUCUCAAGGCCAACAUUGCUUUACACCCGUGUUUCUCAAACUGGGCAACUUUAAAGUGGACUUCCACUCCUAGAACUCCCCAGCCAGCUAUUUCUGCAUUGUCACCAAGAAAUGUAUAUGGACGUGCCCGUAAAAUCAGUGGCAGCCGCCUUCAACUCCAAGGGACCUUUUAUUCUAUUUUUUAAAUAAAAGAGAUUUCGUGGUCAAAAGGGGGCGCCACUACCUUUUCCUAAAGCUGGGCUGUACUUUGGCUACUCAAAAAGUAGAGGAUCCCUGUUUCAGCUGGCAUCAAGAUACAAGACUUAUUUUAACUGAACCGCAACACUACGCUGGGGCUCGCCCGCCCUCCAGCCUUGCUUCGUUAAUUACAAUACGGAGCCUCGCUUAGCCUGGAUUGUUGGUUUAAUUCAGCCCAGCUGCUACGGGAAGCAAGAAAGCCACUGCCACGUCCUAAAAUGCUCCGCCUGGGCCAAGCAACCGCUGCGCUGCGAUUACUUUCUACGGAGAGCCUCUUGGGGACGGCAGGCAGCUUUCCGAGAAGACCCGCGUCCGGAGAGAAGAAAAAAGAGAUCCUGUUACACGUGCACAGAGAAGCAGACUGCGGUAUUGCAGAAAUUCAGAUGAACAGACCACAUGCCAGAAACUCCCUGGGGAAAGUGUUUGUGGAUGAAUUAUAUGAAACCCUUGAUGUUCUCUGUUUUGAUGAAAGUGUCCGUGCUGUAAUAAUCAAAAGCAAAGUAAAAGGUGUUUUUUGUGCUGGUGCUGACUUAAAAGAGCGUGCUCGGAUGAGUGAUGUUGAAGCUGACCAUUUUGUUCAGAGGCUCAGAAGUUUAAUGGACAACAUUGCUGCAUUACCAAUGCCAACUAUUGCUGCAAUUGAUGGUUAUGCCUUGGGUGGCGGCUUGGAACUGGCACUAGCUUGUGAUCUCCGAGUAGCAGCAUUAUCGGCUAAAAUGGGCUUAAUUGAAACUACCAGAGGACUUUUCCCUGGUGCAGGUGGAACACAGCGCUUACCACGCUGUAUUGGCAUUGGCCUAGCCAAAGAGCUAAUUUUCACUGGCAGACAGAUUGAUGGGCAAGAGGCCUUCUCCAUGGGGCUACUUAAUCACACGGUACCACAGAAUGAGGAAGGGGAUGCAGCAUACCAAAGGGCAUUGACUUUAGCUGAAGAAAUUGUUCCUCAGGCCCCAAUAGCUGUGAGACUGGGUAAAUUGGCUAUAAACAAAGGGAUUGAGGUUGAUAUUGCCUCAGGAAUGGCUAUUGAAAGAAUGUGUUAUGCCCAGAAUCUCCCUACCAGAGACCGUCAGGAGGGGAUGGCUGCGUUUAUUGAGAAGCGACCUCCCAAGUUCAGUGGCAAGUGAUACUAACACCGUUUCUGCAGGUGCUGGAAUACACUACAAGGAGGUGAUCAAAAGGCUGUGCCUUAUUAGAAAGCUUUUCCUUAUAAGCUUCAUAGUUAGACAAUAAUUUUUUUGUUUAGAAUCUGUUUUGGAUAUAAGAAUUAAACAAUAACAAUGUAAAGGGGUGUUCUUGGGAUGACUGUGGAUGCUAGCACUGAAACCUCAAUUGUUAAAACUAGGCUGAAACUUUCCCCUCGGAAUCAGUAAUGUAAAAACUGUUUCAUACAUCCUUAUUUUUACAUUACAAAUAAUUUUGUUCUCUCAGUGAAAUGUGGUUUCAUCACUGCAGCCUUUGGUCAGGGGAAUCCUCUUGCACUGCCUAUACAGGCUGUCAGGUGCAUCUACUGAUAAAUGAAUACAAGUUCCUUUUUCAGAUAAUGCACAAUUAUGAAUUCACAAUUGUUGAUGACACACAUUGGUAAUAGUCAGCAUUCUCUGUUACGGUUUCUUAAAAACUGAGGCUUUCAUUUUCAAUCCAUUUGGGAUCAUAGAUAUCCUCACCAGGCAUUCCACAAAAGGUUUAAGAACAAAUGUAUGGCCUCAGAAAGGAAGGAGAUUUACAGUUGUACCAUCUUCCAAAUCUGAACGUCAUGUAUACAGCCAGUCCUCGUUUAGCAACUACCUCAGUUAGUGACCAUUCACAAAUAUGACAAUAGUAAAUGGCAAUAAAAAAAAUAAUUUUCCAACCAAUGCGCACACUUAUGACCAAAUUUCUGUGCCUGACAAUAGCGCAUGCUGGAAUGAGAGUAACACUGGCAUUGAUGCACGAGAAAACUUUAGCUAAAUGAGACAGCAGCAACCAGUGAUCUUUGCAGCGCCUCUCUCUCUGUCACAUUGUUUCCUUAGCAACCAUUUUACUGGAACAGAUUGCAGUUGCUAAACGAGGAGAAAAUGUACGUAUAUCAUCCCAAAGAGCAACCAACUGCAUUUGUUAGAUUUUAUAAUCAGUGUACAAAAGAUAAAGAUUUUUGUCAAAAGAACAUUUAUAAUAACGUAUAAAAAGUAAAGUUACCUUUGAGUCAAGCUCAGCUCCUGCUAAUUUGUAUGGAUAAACCAAUGCAGUUUUCUUGGUAUUGAUGGAAGUGGUUUGCCAUUGUCACCUUAGGGAUUUUUUUAAAAAAUUGCCAUUAAAUGCAGAAUUUCAUGUAAUUCCCCUACAUUUUAAGAAGUACUUCAAUUAUUUUGUCUAUGAGAAAAUAAUAUAAAACUAUAUGACUGUUUUCUUUGUGUUUAUGAAUUACAUAAAGCUCAGAAUUAAAAGACUGAACUGAAAACAAGUAAGUGUUCCCUUGUUAAUUUCCUUAUAAUGGGAACACUGCUCAAUCUAUUAAAAGUGGAUAGUUCUAAUUUCUCCAGACUUGUUUGCUGACAUUUUGUUAAUGAUUGUUCUUAUGAAAUCAGAGAGUAGGUUGUGAUCUCUUAAGGUAGCAUGCAAAUACUUGAUUUGGAAUUAAACUGUGUCCUGGUGAAAUUUGUAGAUCAUACAAAUUAUUCAUCCAAAAAAUCCAAUAUGAUUUUGAAGAGAUCAUGCAAAAAGAUCUGGUUAAACAAUUAUCAAUCACAUGGCAAAUGUUCAAUUUAAAUGAGUGUAAAGAUAUGCACAUUGGGCAAAAAAUAUGUAACUUCACAUAUAUAGUAACCAGGAAAAAGGUCUUGGGGUUAUAAUGGAUACUGAAGUAAAGAUGUCAAUUCAGUGUUCA